AAAAAAAGGUAGUGUGUCCGCGCGCAUUGAAUUGAAGAACGAAGAAAGGAAGGAACUGUGAGUAAUGGAAAGAUAGUGUGAGUAGGCCAACAAGGCUUCCCCACCAUUCACUCACCCUCCUUCUUCUUCUUCUUCUUCUCAUAAAUGCUUCCUAUACACUCUCUCACUUCAUCUUUCAUCAUUAAUCACUGACCCAUUGACUUACUUCCUCUCCUUUAUUCACAUCAUUGCUUCCUUCUUCUACUGUUGAAGAAAAGUUUGUUUUUUUCGCUCGAUUUCGGAAAUCCAAGUUCUGGGUUUAUUCUUUUCUGGUUCAGUAAGAUGAGUUCUCAGGAAAAGUCUCUGACUUUGGGUGGAUAUGAACAACAACAUGCUCAUGCUGAUGCAGCAGCUUCUUGCAGAAGAACAGUUUCUCUGCCAGCUCAAAAGCAAUGUAGUUCAGACUGUUCAGUUGUACUUCGAUGUUCACGUGACCGAUUUUAUCAAAUUCCUCUGUCAUCUUGAUAGGUUGAUGAUCCAAUGGGGAUAACCGAAGAAACCAUGCAUGUUCCUCCAAGGAAGCGACAGAAUCUUCUCCUAGAAAUUCCCUCAAGAACUCCAGAAGAAUGCUCCCAAGAUUAUGUGGCAAUCAAAAUGCCAAUGACACCAAGUCCCACUCCCACCCCAAAGAGAGUGAACUUUCUCAUAUCUUCUCGCUCGGUCGAUGCUCCUAUGCAUACUUCUCCAGGGCCUUCAGCUUCAAAAGGCAGAUCAUCCAUAAGAAGCAUUCUACCGAAAUUGAGCUUCAGGUAUCGGCCACCAACGGAUACUGAAAAGGGUACUACUUCAGCACAAGAAGGUUCCUCUUCAGGUCAUCGCGAAAAGCCAUCAAUCUCAAGAUCACUAUCCCUUAGUAAGAUAUUUACUCCUAGGAUUAAAAGAACAUCAUCAUUACCACUAGGAGAAAUGGGACAUUCAAAUCCAGAAUCUGCUCAUGGUGGAAGUGUCGGUGGUCCUCUAAAUAAAGGAGAGCCGCAGCGUAAGAUAGCUCGCUCGCUUUCAGUGCCUGUCAAUAACAAAGAUAAAGGCAUAAGGAGGAUGGAUUCAUUUUACCGUAUUGUUCCUACCACCCCUCGAGUAAAGGAAGGAAAUGCAUUGUCAUCCACAUCCCCAACAAAGAAUUCCGAAAUUAAUGACGCUGAUGAUGAUGACGGAGAAGAUAUACCUGAAGAAGAGGCUGUGUGUAGGAUUUGUCUGGUUGAUUUAUGUGAAGGAGGUGAAACCUUCAAGUUGGAAUGUAGCUGCAAAGGAGAACUUGCUCUGGCUCACCAAGAAUGUGCAAUUAAAUGGUUUAGUAUCAAGGGCAACAGAACCUGUGAUGUAUGCAAGGAAGAUGUUCAGAACCUACCUGUCACUUUAUUACGGAUCCAAAGUGUUCGAGGCCGGAAUCCAGGAAUAAGUAGGACUCAGCUCGAAGAUGUAAACGGAUACAGGGUAUGGCAGGAAGUUCCGGUGCUUGUCAUUGUCAGCAUGCUUGCCUAUUUCUGUUUUCUUGAGCAGUUAUUGGUCACGAAAAUGGGAACCGGUGCAAUCGCCAUAUCUCUUCCUUUUUCCUGUGUGCUAGGCCUACUUUCCUCCAUGACAUCAUCAACCAUGGUGAAGAGCAGGUUCAUCUGGAUUUAUGCAUCUGUCCAGUUUGCACUUGUGGUUCUUUUUGCGCAUAUAUUUUACUCCGUGGUUCAUGUGCAAGCAGUUCUGUCAAUCCUUCUGGCAACAUUCGCCGGUUUCGGUGUCGUUAUGAGUGGAAGUUCUAUUCUUGUUGAGUUCUUCAGAUGGAGAAGAAGAUGGCAACAACAACAACAAGGUCCACAACUGAUGACACAACCUCGGCCUGCAAAUACGCCGCAUCCGGUGGUGCCUCCGAACCAGAAUCAAACUGUGGAACAAGAUCAACAGAACUCAACUCAAAGCUGAUUUUUUUUUGUGAUUCUUGUGGUUUCUUCCUAAGGGAUUAUUGCUUUUCUUUUCUUGGAUUUGGAAGUAAAUUAUUGUGUAUAGGUUAAUCAAACUUUGUUGCUCUCCAUCAUCUACACUGAACUUCACUGUACAGCUUAUGGUUUAGAAAUAGAUUGACUUAGAAAAUAGAUGCUGCUUCUCUUUCCCAAAGAAUUUGUUUUUGUUUUGUUUUGUUUUGUUCUGUUCUGUUUGUAGUGAGUAUUUCAGCAAUGUUAGAACCAGAAGGCUUUCCAAGCCUUCUUUUUUGUAGGUUUGGGUGAGAGACAAAAGAUUGAGGAAAAUGUUUGUUGUGUUACAAGUUGAUGAUUAUUUUGAUGAGCUCAUACCAAAUGUAAUGAUGUAGUAAACCUAAAUAUAGUUCUAUUAUGCAUUUUUCUAAAGCAA